CAGACCUGCCUCACCGCGGGGAAACGUGACCAUGGCUAACUGCCCUCCCCGUGAACAAAUCAUAUCUCAUACCGUAACAGGGCGUCACCUUGCCAGCACCGUGUACUUUGCCCUGUUGCUAACGAGUCUCCUGGUCCACAGCACCUUUAUAACUGUAAUCCACACAUGCGCCUGGACAGAGAGGCAGAGAGAGGGAGAGAGAGAGAGAGAACUCGGAGAGCAAACAGACACAUAGGCUGGCAGCAUAAUCCAGAGAGCUGAGAACCGUCCAGGCUUCCAGACGUCCAGGUUUCUUAGUUCCAUGGUGUUAGGGGAAGACUCUGCCACCGUGUUCAGGAAGACUCAAUCACUGCGUCAAGGAAGCUUCAGCGCAGGUUGUGUGUCGAGUGGACUGGGCGCAGGUCGUGUGUUGAGCAGAAGACUAGGCGCAGGUUGUGUGUCGAGUGGACUGGGCGCAGGUUGUGUGUUGAGCAGAAGACUAGGCGCAGGUUGUGUGUUGAGUGGACUGGGCGCAGGUUGUGUGUUGAGCGGAAUGGGUCAGCGGAGCUCCAGACUGCCGGGGGAGACGCGGGUGCUGAUCCUGGGCCUGGACAUGGCGGGGAAGUCCACCCUGCUGUACAAGCUGAAGUACAACGAGGCGGUGCUGACGGUGCCCACCGUGGGCUUCAACGUGGAGAUGAUGGAGACGGAGCGGCGGGCGUCCUCGCUGACGGUGUGGGACGUGGGUGGGCAGCGGGAGAUGCGGCCGCACUGGGAGCAGUACUUCCAGGACACGGCGGGGCUGGUGUUCGUGGUGGACUGCGCGGACCGGACGAGGCUGGGCGAGGCCCAGCGGGAGUUCGAGCGGGUCCUGAAGAGCGAGCACCUGCAGCGGGUUCCCGUGGUGAUCCUGGCCAACAAACAGGACGUCCCGGGGGCGGUGGGCGCGGUGGAGCUCACCCAGCGCUUCGGCCUGAGGAGGGCCUGCGUGGACCGGCACUGGUUCGUCCAGCCCUGCUCGGCCCGCUCCGGUGCCGGCCUGCAGGACGGGUUCCGCAGGAUGGUCCAGUUCAUCAAGGCCCCGUCGCUGCUGACCGACAACCCCAUCGCCGACACGGUCAGCAGCCUGCGCUCCACCGCCAUCUCACUCAAACACAGGUAGAGCCGCUGCUGAAGGACUCUGGGAAAAGGUUUGUGUUCUUUCACAUCAUCUUUGUACUGCUGACUCCAUCCAAUCUCCACUGUCGUUUUUGCGCUCCCGACCCCACUGUGCUGUCUAAGAGACUGCUCACCAUUUUGGACACGCUCUUUCAUUUACUGUCACUGGUCAAUGAGAAGAGAAUUCUGGGGCUGAGGUCACGGUGAACGUGGUCUGUUCUGGGGUCAGAGUGAAAUCCUGACUGUGCCAGGGUCUCCCACCGUCAGCAGCCCCACAGGGCAGCACGGAUGCACAGGCUACUGACGCUAGAGAUUCCCCUCAGCCAAUCAAAUGCCUGCAAUCUGCUCUCCCCAGUGAUGGAGGAAGGGAAGCCACCACACACAGCAGCUUCACAGUCACAUGAGCGCAUGUGCUGCACAGUCACAGGAACGUGUGGGCUGCACAGUCACAGGAGCAUGUGUGCUUCACAGUCACAGGAAUGUGUGUGCUUCACAGUCACGGGAGCGUGUGGGCUGAACAGUCACAGAAACGUGUGUGCUUCACAGUCACAGGAAUGUGUGGGCUGCACAGUCACAGGAGCAUGUGUGCUUCACAGUCACAGGAGCAUGUGUGCUUCACAGUCACAGGAACAUGUGUGCUGCACAGUCACAGAAACGUGUGUGCUGCACAGUCACAGGAAUAUGUGGGCUGCACAGUCACAGGAAUGUGUGUGCUUCACAGUCACAGGAGCGUGUGUGCUUCACAGUCACAGGAGCAUGUGUGCUUCACAGUCACAGGAGCAUGUGUGCUUCACAGUCACAGGAAUGUGUGGGCUGCACAGUCACAGGAGCAUGUGUGCUUCACAGUCACAGGAAUGUGUGGGCUGCACAGGCCCUCCUUUCCUGUAUUCAGUGGGACCAGCUUACAGCUGUGAUUAACCAUUCCAAAAUGGGGGGAUUUUUUUUCUAAUGGUAAUUUUUUUUUUUUAAUCAUAAAGUUAAAGGAAAGGAACUUUCAUGUUAACAUCACUGUCUGCUGUUACUUUAUCCAGAGGUUCUGACAGCUUCAGGUUAUUGUGGUAUUUUGUCAGAGAUGUAUUCCAGAUACCAGAUUUCUUACAUCUGAAUGAACCUGUCUGAUCUAUCAUUGCCAUCUGUGCCCUGACCAGAACCCACUGUUAUACAAACAAACAUGAGUGCCAUAGCAGCUUAAAUCAAUUCAAUAGCAAAUGUAUAGGCCAACUUAAAUUAUAGGAUGCUAUGAUUUGUGAAAUUAAACUCGGCUUGCUGGCAAUGCAGUAGUUCUAAAACUUUAAUUGCUUAUAUGGAAAGAUGAAUAACCAACAAAUUAACAAGUGAAUAAAUAAUGUUUUUAUUAUAGCUGAAGAUAAUUUACACCAAGUUGGACCUAGAAAUAUCCCCAGUACCUUUAGGAGCAAAAGUACCCCAAUGUGGAAAUCAAAUACUUAUGAGUGCAUGUAUUUGUGUGCCAGUUCAAAAAUAAGUCAUGCAAUAAUGCAUUGAGUUACACUGAGUAAGGUCCUGGUUGAGAGAUACUUAUUACAUACACCUUACCUCAUGAGUCACUCGCAUGGUAGAUUUUUUUAUUUUGUAUCCAACAUUCCCAAAGAUUUGCAGCUAUUUUGUUUCAAUGUGAAUUUGUUGCUGUAAAUAUUAAUAAAGAUUUUGGAAAGAGA